UUACGAAAUGAAAUUAAAAAAUGUUACAAAAGUUAAGGGCAAACGAGACGUGGGCACCGAUGGAGCUACACAGAAAAUAUCACAGAUGACAGUUUCUCAAUUGUCGAACGAUGUGAUAUGGGAGGUUGCCUCCAAAUAUUGGUCACCCGAUUCCCAGAACCAUAUGCCCUAUAAUCCGGAUAUCAUUAAAGAUAUUUAUCGUGCAGAAAUUUUGGAACAUCCCAAUUCAACGAGGCGUAUUGUUAUGUUGGAGUUUAGCCAGUAUUUGGAACAAUACUUAUGGCCGAACUAUAAACGUGAUGAUGCCUCACAUAGCCAUGUUAUGUCCAUUGUUUAUAUGGUAAAUGAAAAGUUUCGUGAACGUGUUGAAGUAUGGAAUACAUUUGAACAAAAAUCUGAGGAGUUCCCAGCAUUCUUCCGGCAAGUACUGGAAAAAUGUUUAGAUAAUUCGGGCCAGACUAAAGUGCGUGAGAAAACGGCAUUGUUGGUGUUUUUAAAUCACUGUUUCAAUAGUAUGGAAAUUGAGUUGUGUCGGAAUCAAGUGAAGCGUUUGGUUUCACUUUCGAUGUGGAGUUGUUUGCAACCAAAACGCUUGGAGCAAGAGCUACGUGAAACUCCCGAAUGGAAGCGCUAUUGGAAGAAGCUUCAGAAAAAAGAGAAAAAUGAGAAGAAACCCGAAGUAGAAUGGGAACGUCAUUUUCUACAAAAUUUAAUUAAACAAUUUCUAAAUAUUUUGGAAAGUUUGCCACUGGAUGGUCCCAUCGAUCCAAGCAUUCUGCAAUAUUGUGAAAGAUUUUUAGAGCUUAUGAUUGAUUUGGAAGCGUUGUUGCCGACAAGACGUUUCUUUAAUACUGUAUUGGAUGAUACGCAUUUGCUGGUGCGUGCACAAAUUUGCAAUUUGGUACAACGACCAGAGGGAAAACUUUUUGGACAGCUUUUGGAUAUGUUAAAAUUCUAUAGCCGGUUUGAAAUCAAUGAUGUUACCGGUGACUCAUUAACCGAUCAUGAUAUGACUCAGAUACAUUAUAAGAAAAUUACAUCACUACAAAGAGCUGCAUUUGCCAAAUUUCCCGAUUUGAAAUUAUUUGCCCUUUCCAAUGUGGCCAGUGUUGAUACACGUGAUGCAUUGGAAAGUCACUUUGGCAGCUUAGAUGAAAAAGCUCUCAAGCAAAUAGCCAGCUUCCUAAAUUUGGUGCCAGAUGAUUUGAAACCACCAUUCGAUUGGUAUCGUUUGGAUGAGGCAUUCCUUAAGGAAUUGUUAAUAACCCGCCACGAACGUCGCUGUUCCCAAUUGGAUGCGCUAAAUGAAAUGCCUCUCUAUCCCACUGAAGAUGUAAUAUGGGAUGAAAAUGUUGUGCCAACGGAAUAUUUUUCCGGUGAUGGCUGUUUGGCACUGCCUAAAUUGAAUUUACAGUUUCUCACACUGCAUGAUUAUUUGUUGCGGAAUUUCAAUCUAUUUCGUUUGGAAUCUACUUAUGAAAUUCGACAAGAUAUUGAAGAUGCGGUUAGCCGCAUGUUGCCAUGGCAAUCGGAAGAUGGUGGUGUUGUAUUUGGUGGUUGGGCCCGUAUGGCUUUGCCCAUUGCCUCAUUUGCUGUGGUUGAAGUGGCAAAGCCGCAUAUUGGUGAGAAGAAACCAUCGAGAGUAAGAGCAGAUAUUUCGGUGACAUUAUCGGUGCGCAAAGAAAUCAAAGAAGAAUGGGAAAAUCUACGAAAGCAUGAUGUGUGUUUUUUGAUAACGGUUAAGCCACAAGUACCAUAUGGUACCAAAUACAAUCCUCGAGAACCAUUUAUACCCCAAGUAGGUUUGGUCUAUGUACGUGGUUGUGAAAUUGAGGGCAUGUUGGAUGCCAAUGGCCGUGUCAUCGAAGAUGGUCCAGAUCCCCGACCCCAAUUGCCGGGUGAAAACCGAACCUAUCGUGUUUGGUUGGAUUGCAAUCAAUAUCGCUUGGAUAUGGACUCUCUGCAAGAGGGCGGCGAUGAUGUCUAUGAAAGUUUUAAUAUUUUAAUGCGUCGCAAACCCAAGGAAAAUAAUUUCAAGGCCGUCUUGGAAACUAUACGUCAUUUAAUGAACACCGAAUGUGUUGUUCCUUCAUGGUUACAUGAUAUAUUAUUGGGCUAUGGUGAUCCCAGUGCGGCGCAUUAUUCCAAAAUGCCAAAUCAGGAGCGUUCUUUGGAUUUCAAUGAUACAUUCCUUUCCUAUCAACAUGUGUUGGACAGUUUUCCCGAUUACCAAUUAAAAUGUGAUGUGCCUGAAGACAAACGCGUUCCACCAUUUCGUUUGGUGUUUGAAGAUGUGCCAGAAUCUAAAGAGUCGAAUGAAAAUGGCGAAAACCAUGCUCAAACGGAAGAAAGUAAAGUAAUUUCUGUUCAAACCUAUCAAAUACAAAAUCGUGGACCGUAUUUGGAAAAUAAACCCAAACAAAAUACGAUACGUUUUACACCCACACAAAUCGAAGCCAUUAGAGCCGGCAUGCAACCUGGUUUAACGGUGGUAGUGGGUCCCCCAGGUACUGGUAAGACAGAUGUUGCCGUACAAAUCAUAUCGAAUAUUUAUCACAAUCAUCCAAAUCAACGCACCUUAAUUGUAACCCAUUCGAAUCAGGCCCUCAAUCAAUUGUUUGAAAAAAUUAUGGCCUUGGAUAUUGACGAACGGCAUUUGCUGCGUUUGGGUCAUGGCGAGGAGGCGCUGGAAACAGAAAAGGACUUCAGUCGCUAUGGACGUGUUAAUUAUGUUUUGGCCAAACGUUUGGAUCUUUUGAAUCAAGUACAAAAGCUACAAGAAUCCAUGCAGGUUACCGGGGACAAUGCCUAUACUUGUGAAACUUCCGGAUAUUUUUAUCUCUACCAAGUAAUGGCCCGUUGGGAAAAGUUUCAAAAUGAAGUUAUACAAAUGGCCAAGGAUGAAAACUCUGACACAUGGCGUAAAUUUUUCGAGGAGAACUAUCCAUUUAAUAAAUUCUUCGCUGAUGCGCCACAGCCCUUAUUUAAGGGUGAUACUUUUGAUGAUUAUAUGGAAAUUGCCAAAUCAUGUUUCCGUUACAUUUCGCACAUAUUUACCGAACUAGAAGAGUUUAGGGCCUUUGAAUUGCUGCGCACAGGUUUAGAUCGUUCCAAAUAUUUAUUGGUGAAAGAAGCCAAGAUUAUUGCCAUGACCUGUACCCAUGCAGCAUUGAAACGUAAAGAAUUGGUAAAUCUUGGAUUCCGCUACGAUAACAUACUAAUGGAAGAAGCAGCACAAAUUCUUGAAAUUGAGACCUUUAUACCGCUGUUGCUACAAAACCCCAUGGAUGGUUUUAAUCGUUUGAAACGUUGGAUAAUGAUUGGAGAUCAUCAUCAAUUGCCUCCUGUUAUUAAAAAUAUGGCAUUUCAAAAAUAUUCCAAUAUGGAACAAAGUCUCUUUACGAGGCUGGUGCGUUUGGGAGUACCGACUGUUGACUUAGAUGGUCAGGGUCGUGCUCGUUCGGAAAUUUGUUCUCUUUAUAAAUGGCGUUACAAAAAAUUGGAUGACCUUUCACAUAUUUUGGAGAAGGAGGAAUAUCGUCGAUCAAAUGCAGGACUUCGCUAUGAAUAUCAACUUAUUAAUGUUGAUGAUUUUAAUGGUGUCGGUGAAACAGAACCCAAUCCAUAUUUCUAUCAAAAUCUCGCUGAGGCUGAAUAUAUUGUGGCUGUAUUUAUGUAUAUGCGCCUGUUGGGAUAUCCGGCGGACAAAAUUUCGAUUCUAACCACCUACAAUGGACAAAAGCAUUUAAUACGUGAUGUUAUCAAUGUCAGAUGUGGCAAUAACCCCUUAAUUGGUUGGCCCCAUAAGGUGACCACAGUGGAUAAAUAUCAAGGUCAACAAAACGAUUAUAUACUCAUCUCAUUGGUGAGGACAAAGGCAGUGGGCCACAUACGUGAUGUACGACGUUUGGUGGUGGCUAUGAGUCGUGCCAGAUUGGGUUUAUAUAUUUUUGGCAGAGUAGGACUGUUCAAGAAUUGUCUAGAACUGCAGCAGACCUUUAAAUUGUUAACAAAACGUUCACAAAAACUACAACUUGUGGAAAAUGAAACAUAUCCCACCGAACGAAAAACCAAUGAAAAUCCAGCAGAAGAUACUAUUAAAACAAUGGAGAAUAUGACACAAAUGGCUCAGUACGUGUAUCAAAUGUAUUGUAAAAAAUUGGAAACAAUUAAGGAUCAGUUGCCUAAAGAGUCGGCUGAUACAGAGAUGUAUGCAAAUAUACCCACAGAAGAUUCCAACAAUGAGGGAGGGGAUGGAGAAGAAGGAAACGAAAUGGCCAAUAUGGAAAUAUAUGAGCCACCAGCGAAAAAGGCCAAUAAGGAUGCAACAAAUAAAGACAAAAAUUCCACAGCCAGCAAUAAAACAUUUAAACCCACACCCAUUGUAAAUGAAAUUGAUGUAGACGAAGAGGAAGAAGAACAGCAACAAACACAAGAGGAAGAGAAAAAUACAAGUGCUGGCAAAACUUCAGAAGAGGCAUAA